AUGGCUUCGACUGCGGGUGACGACAAUCCUUUUAGAGACCCUUCGCUUGCCCCUGCUACUCUGCCGCAACCUCCGCACUCGACCGACGAUACGAGGGAUCAUGCGAAUGUUCCCGACACGCUCGCUGUGGGCAGAAAUGCCUCGCUGACGCUGGGGACAGACUCUCUGAUAGUAUUGGAUGAGGCGCUGUUGGAAAGCAAAAGCGGAAACUGCUGCGGCCUGUCUCUUGCUGGCAAGAACAAAUCCACUCGUUCAAUACCCUUCUACAACAUCCUCUGGGCUGAGCACUCGGACGACGGCCAAGUCACCAUCCAGUACGCGCAAACCGUAUCAAACAAAGCCGUCCGGCCCGCCAUCAUCAGUUACACUUUAGAUAAACCGGAUAGUGGACUAGCAGAACCUUGGACGGAGAAGCUGCUCGACCGCGCAUACGGAGCAUCGCAGCGCCAGAAACGCGUCAAGGUGCUCAUAAACCCUUUUGGGGGACUGGGUACUGCUGUGAAGAUCUACCACAAGUCCAUCGCGCCCAUCUUCGCGGCUGCGCGGUGCGAGCUGGAUGUGGAGAAGACGCAGCAUCAAGGUCAUGGUGUGGAAAUUGGACAAAACAUGGAUAUUGAGGCCUACGAUAUAGUCGCUUGCUGCUCAGGCGAUGGUGUAGCGCACGAAGUUUGGAACGGACUAGGGAAGAGACCAGACGCGGCAAGGGCUCUGGUCAAGAUGGCUAUUGCACAACUCCCCUGUGGCUCAGGAAAUGCGAUGAGUCUGAACUUCAAUGGGACGGAUAGCCCGAGUCUGGCGGCACUUGCUGUUGUCAAAGGGCUACGUACACCUCUGGACCUGAUAUCCGUCACGCAAGGCGACCGUCGCACCCUCUCUUUUCUCUCGCAGUCUGUCGGUAUAGUCGCCGAGACAGAUCUUGGGACUGAACAUAUGCGCUGGAUGGGAAGCGCGCGCUUCACAUGGGGCUUUCUGGUGCGACUCAUGGGCAAGACUAUCUAUCCUGCCGACAUCGCCGUAAAGGUCGAAUUCGACAAUAAGCCAGCGGUGCGAGAAGCCUACCGUGCUGAGGCCUCCAAGCCACCACGAAGCAACGACGACCGCGCACUGCCUCCCACCGACGAAGGCCUACCAACCCUCAAAUAUGGCACCAUAAACGACCCUCUCCCCUCCGAAUGGCAGCUUAUCCCCCAUGACAAACUCGGGAACUUUUAUGCCGGAAACAUGUCCUACAUGUCCCCCGACGCAAAUUUCUUCCCUGCCGCCCUCCCCUCCGACGGCUGUCUCGACCUCAUCCGUAUCCGUGGCGACAUCCCCAGACACACAGCCAUCAAAACACUAUUGGCCAUUGAGAACCACACAUUCUUUGACAUGGAACAUGUAGACUAUCAAAAGGUGAGCGCAUACAGGAUUAUUCCAAAGGGGCAGAAGGAUGGGUAUAUCAGUAUUGAUGGGGAGAAGGUGCCGUUUGAGGGUUUCCAGGCCGAAGUACACAAGGGGUUGGGCACGGUGUUGAGUAAGAGUGGGAGAUUGUGUGAGGCGAAGGGAGUGUAG